GUUCCCUCACUUCUCCCAGCGACGGUUUUCUCCACUCUAACUCCUCUGUCUCCACCGCCGUCUCACCGUCGCUCUCCGACUCAUCACUCAAACAACACCGCCGUGGCAAACCCACAUCUUUUCUCCUUUAAAAUUUUAACUAAAACUGUAAAAAAAGAUUAAAAAAAGCUGGAGUUAUUUAUCAAAGCAAAACCAAGUUAGCAACUGCUUUCUUACCCUCAUUCUUCUGACGGUGAUUGAGAGGGAAAUGAAGGAUGUUUUCUUGGGUGGCAAAGCUAGCAUCAGCGUUAUGGCUACCUAUAAGUCUAUAUGCCCGUACGAACAAGGAUGAUAGCUUAGGUGAUGACAAUGAUCCGCUCCUAUGGUUUAAGGAUCUUGAGAAACAUGCAUUUGGAGAAUAUUCGUUUUCAGUUGUACAAGCCAAUGAGGUAUUGGAAGAUCAUAGCCAAGUGGAGAUCGGUCAAAAUGCCACCUUUGUUGGCAUUUAUGAUGGCCACGGUGGCCCGGAAGCUUCACGAUACAUAUGUGAUCAUCUCUUUCCCCAUCUCAUACGUCUUGCUCGAGAAAAAGGAUUGAUAUCUUCAGAAAUCCUUAAAAAUGCUGUUUCUGCUACAGAAAAUGGAUUUCUUUCUUUGGUGCGCAGGACGUGUGGGAUCAAACCGUUAAUGGCUGCAGUUGGAUCUUGUUGUUUGGCUGGUCUCAUCACAGAAGGCACAUUGUAUGUUGCUAAUAUGGGAGAUUCUAGAGCUGUCAUAGGAUGUUUAAGUAAGCGCAAAUCAAAUAAAAUUGUGGCUGAGCAAAUCACUGAGGAUCAUAAUGCGUGUAUGGAUGAAAUCAGGCAAGAGCUCAAGCAAGAUCACCCAGAUGAUCCACAUAUUGUUGUUAUGAAACAAGGCGUGUGGCGAAUCAAAGGCAUUAUUCAGGUUUCAAGAACCAUAGGAGACGCAUACUUGAAGAAGCCAGAAUUUGCUCUUGAUUCAUCAUUCCCACGAUUCCACCUUCGUGAACCAAUCCGACGACCUAUUUUAAAAAACGGUCCAUCUAUGUACACCAGAACUUUAAGACCUGACGAUAAGUUUAUUGUGUUUGCAUCGGAUGGAUUAUGGGAACACAUGACGAAUCAGCAAGUAGUCGAAAUUGUUCACAAUAACCCCAGAUCAGGUAUUGCAAGAAGACUUGUCAAAUCAGCAAUGAUGGAGGCAGCUCGGAAAGGGAAGAAGAAGUAUGAAGAAGUGAAGAGGAUGGAGAAAGGCUGUAGACGCGGUGUCCAUGAUGAUAUCACAGUAGCUGUUGUUUUUAUGGACCAACAGACAAAUGUAGGCAUCGAUGAGCUAUCAAUGCGCGGGUUCACCAACUCGACUGCACCAUCAAGUUUUGGUGGCUUGCAAGGAGUUGGAAGGGGUUCAUAAAUUUGGUCAUUGUGUUCAUGGCAAAAACAAAACACAAAAACCCAAGUUUUGGGAUGAAUGAGAUCUUUUUUUUUUUUUUUUUUGAUACUAACAAUCAAAUGGUCUUAGUUUUAAGCGAAA